GGGGGCGAGAUUAGAGAGGUGAGCGUGACUCAGGGCAUUGGUGUCUCGCAGCCCGGGCAGCCGCAGGCAGAGCGCGGGCAGGGGCGUCCGGAGGCACCCCAGGGGAGGCCUACGAGGAGGGGAUGAGGAGGACCCUCGACCCCGAGGGCUACGAGGACCCCGGCCUAAAGGACUCCCGCCUGUCGCUGGGGGAGAUGAGCACUGAGUCGGUGACCGAUGUGGACCCGGAGGCGUCGGGGAGCAGGAGGCUCCUGUCCCAGCGGGACACCCAUGAGGGCUACGUGGAGCUCCACGAGCUGGUCAUGGACAGCUCGAAGGACUUGUGCUGGAUGGAGGCCGGUCACUGGCUCAAGCUGGAGGAGGAUUUCCAGGAAUCAGGGCAGUGGAGCCAGCCCCACCUCUCCUUCCUGACCUACCGCAACCUCCUGGAGAUCCGACGGGCUUUGAACAAAGGUGCCAUUCUCCUCGAUGUGGCGGCCAACUCGAUGGCGGCCAUCGUCAACAUCCUCAUUGACCAGAUGAUCUACGAGGGGCAGUGGAAGCCGCAGGACCGGGAGGACAUCCUGAGGACGCUGCUCCUGAGGCACAGCCACCCCAGCGAGGGUGAGUCGGUGUGGACGCUGCCGCCGGCGCUGCUGCAGCGCUCGGGCACCCGCCGGGACGAUGUGGAGCAGCCGCUGAUGAGGGAACAGCAGCCCAUGGAGAUGAGCAAGCUGGCAGGGACUGAGCAGAGUGGGGCCUCCAAACCCCAACUCCCAGAGAAGAUCCCCGAGGAUGCUGAGGCCACCCUGGUCCUUGUGGGCUGUGCAGCCUUCCUGGAGCAGCCAACGCUGGCCUUGGUGCGCCUGAAGGACGCGGUGACACUGGACGGUGUCCUCGACGUGUCCCUCCCCGUCCGCUUCCUCGUGGUGGUGCUGGGCCCCGACAGCCACAACAUCAGCUACCACGAGAUCGGCCGUGCCAUCGCCACCAUGAUGUCAGAGAGGGUGUUUCGCCGGGAUGCCUACCUGGCCGAGGGCCGGCAGGACCUGGUGCGGGCGGUGGACGAAUUCCUGGAGGCCAGCAUUGUCCUGCCUCCCACCGAGACCCCCAGCGAGCAGCUGCUCCGCGCCCUGGUCCCUCUGCAGCGCGAGCUCCUCCGCCGCCGCUACCAGCCCCCCGAGAAACCGCCCAGCGAGGGCUUCCUGAAAGACCUGGGGCUGGGCGCGCCAGCGCAGGAGGACGACGACCCCCUGCGCAGGACAGGGCGGCCCUUUGGGGGGCUGGUGAGGGACAUCUGCCGCCGGUACCCCAAAUACCUCAGCGACAUCAAGGAUGCCCUCAGCCCCCAGUGCCUGGCCGCUGUCAUCUUCAUCUACUUCGCGGCGCUGUCACCUGCUGUCACCUUCGGAGGCUUGCUGGGCGAGAAGACCAAGGGCAUGAUGGGGGUGUCGGAGCUGCUCAUCUCCACCUGCGUGCAGUGUGUGCUCUUCAGCCUCCUCAGUGCCCAGCCCCUCCUGGUUGUUGGAUUCUCAGGACCCCUCCUCGUCUUCGAGGAAGCCUUUUAUGGGUUCUGCAGCAGCAAUGGCUUGGAAUACAUCGUGGGCCGGGUCUGGAUUGGCUUCUGGAUGAUCCUGCUGGUGCUGGUGGUGGUGGCCUUCGAGGGCAGUUUCCUGGUGCGCUUCCUGUCCCGCUACACCCAGGAGAUCUUCUCCUUCCUCAUCUCCCUCAUUUUCAUCUUUGAGACCUUCUCCAAGCUUGUCACGAUCUUCAAGCAACACCCGCUGAAGCGGGAGUACAACGUGAAGGCUGACUUUGACCCCUCGGAGCCGGAGCCCAACACGGCCCUGCUGUCCCUCAUCCUCAUGGCCGGCACCUUCUUCCUGGCCUUCUUCCUGCGCAAGUUCAAGAACAGCGCCUUCCUGCCUGGCAAGGUCCGGCGCUUGAUCGGGGACUUCGGGGUGCCCAUUUCCAUCUUCAUCAUGGCCCUGGCUGACUUCUUCAUCAAGGACACGUACACGCAGAAACUGAGCGUCCCUAAAGGGCUGGAGGUCACCAACUCGUCCGCCCGGGGCUGGUUUAUCAACCCCAUGGGGCUGCGAGAGGAAUUCCCCAUCUGGAUGAUGUUCGCCUCCGUGGUGCCCGCCCUCCUGGUCUUCAUCCUCAUCUUCCUCGAGACGCAGAUCACCACCCUCAUCGUCAGCAAGCCCGAGAGGAAGCUGGUGAAGGGCAGCGGCUUCCACCUGGACCUGCUGCUGAUCGUGGCCAUGGGGGGGCUGGCGGCCCUUUUUGGGAUGCCCUGGCUCAGUGCCACCACCGUCCGCACCAUCACCCACGCCAACGCCCUCACCGUCAUGAGCAAGGCGUCCUCUCCCGGGGAGAAAUCCCAGAUCCUGGAGGUCAAGGAGCAGCGCAUCAGCAGCUUGCUGGUGGCCGUGCUCAUCGGCGUGUCCAUCCUCAUGGAGCCCAUCCUGAAGUACAUCCCACUGGCUGUGCUCUUCGGCAUCUUCCUCUACAUGGGGGUCACCUCCCUCUUCGGCAUCCAGCUCUUCGACCGCAUCCUGCUCCUGCUGAUGCCCCCCAAGUACCACCCUGACGAGCCCUAUGUCACCAGGGUGAAGACUUGGCGGAUGCACCUCUUCACCUUCACCCAGAUCAUCGUGCUCGUGCUGCUGUGGGUGGUGAAGUCCACCCCGGCCUCGCUGGCGCUGCCCUUUGUCCUCAUCCUCACCGUGCCCCUGCGGCGCUUCCUGCUCCCCAAGAUCUUCCGGGAUAUUGAGCUCAAAUGUCUGGACGCAGAUGACGCCGUGGUGACCUUCGAGGAGGAGCAGGGAACGGACGUGUACAACGAGGUGCAGAUGCCCAGUUAAGGGCCGGGCCCCCCCGGCCCCCCAACGACCCCCCCAGCCCCCCCACCCGCUUAUAUCACCAUUGCUGCCACCCCGGGGCUGCUGGGUGACGGAGGAGGAUUUGGGGACGCUGUCCCCAUCUGCACACCCUGGGAAUGGAAUUUAUUUUUUUAGUUGUUUUUUUUUCCCUUUUUUUUUUUUUUUUUUUUUGGCUAUUUAAAAAAAAAAAAAAAUUUUGGAUGGUGUGAUCUCACCCCCACUCUGCUGCCCGCUGGGGAAGGGGCUGCCUGGGGUUGGGGGGGGGGUUCCACGAGCCACCCUCACCCCGUGGCAAGGUGGGAUGUGUCACCAUCCCGUCCCCAAGGCCACCACCGGGCACUGAGCAUGGGAAGGAGCUGGAGGAA